GGAGAUCUUGAGUGUAAAGAGUAUCGUAAAUAUACUUGUGGUGUGGAUACAAAGCCGUCAGCAGAAACCAAGAUAACGAUACGAGGCACUGGGGCGCACGGCCCGGACGAAAGAUUAAGAAACACGCGCGAGAGUUGGGAAAGUUAGCAUCACACCAGUGCAAAGCGGUAAACCCCCUCACUGGUCCCUCCACUGCACCACCACCUCCACCACCAUCUCGUCCUCACACCACCACUGCCACUCACCACACUCAGUACAUUUUGGGACGGCGACGAGAGACAACCACUGGUGACACGCGCGGCCCCCUUAUCAUGUUUUGAACUUGACCUGACCAAACCACACGUCACCCCUGUCAGCGACCUUAUUAUUUCCUCUAAUCAGCGGAGAGGAGACAGCUAUUGAAACUUGCGUCGGGUUGAAUAUGUGCUGAAGUGUUUUUGGUUUUCCCUCGAGUACCCAAGACUUGAAGAUGCUACGCGUUAGCCUCCAGCACGUGGCAAGGGCCGAGGCGGGGUGCACUGUGGCUCUCAGGCUUGGUCACCCCCAUCAGCGCUUCCCGCGACCUGACCUUCGCCGCCUGCAGACCAGUGCCAGAGCUGUGUCAUCGCUCCUGCCCCAAGCUGACAAUUUUGCUGAACGCCAUAUUGGGCCUCGUCGCCAUGACCAGGAGAAGAUGCUGGCGCUGCUGGGGUUCAAGUCCCUGGAUGAGCUGACGGAUGCUGCUGUGCCCGAGAACAUCCGUCUAGGCCGCGAUCUUGAGGUGGAUCAGGCAGUGGGUGAACACAGCGUCAUAGAUCGCAUCCGCCAUAUCUCUGAGAAAAAUGAGAUCUGGCGCUCCUACAUUGGCAUGGGCUACCACAACUGUCGGGUUCCCCACUCCAUCCUCAGGAACAUCUUUGAGAACCCAGGAUGGACCACACAGUACACCCCUUACCAGCCGGAGGUGGCCCAGGGGAGGCUGGAGUCCUUGCUCAACUACCAGACCCUCGUCACAGAUCUCACAGGGCUGCCGGUGGCCAACGCUUCCCUGCUGGAUGAAGGGACGGCUGCUGCGGAGGCUGUGGCUCUUGCCUUCAGGCAGAACAAGAGGCGCAAAGUCUACCUCUCAGAUAAGGUGCAUCCGCAGACCCUGGCCGUGGUGCAGACAAGAGCCAUUCCUUUGGGCCUGGAGGUGUUGGUUGGGAAUGUUGCAGAGAUCGACUUCUCCAACAGGGAUGCAUGCGCUGUGCUCUUCCAGUACCCGGACACCGAGGGCACUGUUACAGACUUCACCGAGGUCAUCCAGAAUGCACAGACUAAUGGGACUACGGUUGUGUGUGCCACUGACCUACUGGCACUCACCGUUCUGAAGCCCCCGGGGGAGAUGGGCGUGGAUGUGGCUGUGGGCACCUCACAGCGCCUUGGAGUGCCCCUCGGGUAUGGCGGCCCUCACGCUGGGUUCUUCGCCUGCAAGAGUCCUCUCGUCAGAUUGAUGCCCGGACGUAUGAUUGGGGUCACCAGAGAUGCCAAUGGUAAGGAGGCCUACAGACUGGCCCUGCAGACUCGGGAGCAGCACAUUCGCCGAGACAAGGCUACAAGCAACAUCUGCACGGCUCAGGCUCUGCUGGCUAACAUGUCUGCAAUGUUUGGGGUGUACCAUGGCCCUGAAGGACUCAAGAGCAUCGCCAAUCGCAUCCACAAUGCUGCCAUUAUUCUGAAGCGUGGCCUGGAGGAUGCUGGACACACCGUGGAAAACUCUCAAUUCUUUGACACCAUCAAGGUGAAUGCAACCUUGGCCAUCAGUGAAAUCAGAAUGCGUGCCCAGCAGAAGAUGAUCAACCUGCGCUACUUCAGGAAUGAAACAGUGAGUAUUGCAUUGGACGAGACUGUGGAGAAGGAGGAUCUAGAUGACCUCUUUUGGGUGUUCAACUGCAAGAACGUCACAGCCGACAAGGUGGCUAAGAACCUAGGGGAUCAAGCGCUGCCCCCAGAACACCUGAGCAACAGCCAGUUUACCCGCACCUCUAAGUUCCUCACACACCCGAUCUUCAACACACACCACUCGGAGGCCCAGCUGGUGCGCUACAUGAAAACCCUAGAGAACAAGGACGUCUCCCUGGUGCACUCCAUGAUUCCCCUGGGCUCUUGCACCAUGAAGCUCAACAGUUCCACCGAGAUGAUGCCGUGCAGCUUCUCACACUUCACCGAGAUCCACCCCUUCGUGCCCCAGGAGCAGGCGCUUGGCUACCGGCUUCUCUUUGAAGAGCUCGAGAAAGACCUGUGUGAGAUUACUGGCUACGACAAGAUCUCCUUCCAGCCCAACAGUGGGGCUCAGGGUGAGUACGCAGGACUGAGGGCCAUCAUGUCCUACCUUGACGCGCGUGGGGAUGGCCACCGCAAUGUGUGCCUCAUCCCCACCUCGGCCCAUGGCACCAACCCCGCCUCAGCACAGAUGGCUGGCAUGAAGGUGGAGCCCGUCAAUGUGGACAAGGAUGGCUCAAUUGACAUGGGACACUUGGUCAGCAAGAUAGAGAAGUAUGAGAAGCAGCUGGCCUGCCUCAUGAUCACCUAUCCUUCCACCAACGGAGUGUUCGAGGAUAAUGUGAAGGACGUCUGCGAGAUGGUGCAUGAGAAAGGAGGACAGGUUUACUUGGACGGAGCAAACAUGAACGCCCAGGUGGGUCUGUGUCGGCCUGGGGACAUUGGCUCCGACGUGUCCCAUCUCAACCUGCACAAGACCUUCUGCAUCCCCCAUGGAGGAGGAGGACCUGGCAUGGGGCCCAUUGGAGUGAAGCGUCACCUGGAACCGUACCUGCCAAGCCAUCCCAUCAUCGACCCCAUGGCUCUCAUGCAGAAGCGGGCACGCAGUUUUGGGGUGGUGUCUGCUGCACCUUACGGCUCUGCUGCCAUCCUCCCCAUCUCCUGGGCCUAUGUCAAGAUGAUGGGGCCAAAGGGACUCCGAGAAGCAACACAGGUGGCCAUCCUGAAUGCUAAUUACAUGGCAAAGAGGCUCGAAAAGGAGUACAAGGUACUGUACCGGGGCACCACAGGACUGGUGGCCCACGAGUUCAUCCUGGACAUGCGGGAGUUCAAGAAGUCUGCCGGCAUUGAGGCGACAGACAUUGCCAAGCGCCUUCAGGACUAUGGUUUCCAUGCCCCCACCAUGUCCUGGCCCGUCGCUGGGAGUCUCAUGGUGGAGCCCACAGAGUCAGAGGACAGAGAUGAACUUGACCGAUUCUGUGACGCUUUGCUCAUGAUCCGCCAGGAGAUCCGUGACCUUGAGGAGGGCCGCAGUGACCCCAAGUGCAACCCCCUCAACAUGGCCCCCCACCCCAUCAUCACUGUCACUGCCUCCACCUGGGACCGCCCUUACUCCAGGGAGCAGGCCGCCUUCCCUGCUCCCUUCAUCCGCCCUGAGUCCAAGUGGUGGCCAACCGUAGGGAGGAUUGACGACAUCUAUGGUGACCGCAACCUCGUCUGCACGUGUCCCCCCAUGGAGGCCUACGCAUCCCCCUUUGAUGAGUGAGGAGGUGGAAAAGGAGCAAGAUACACCCCCCAGGACCUCAACACACUCAUAUUCCUGUUCAUUCAUUCCUUUAUUCAUUUCUCUCUUCUUUCCUUUGUCUUUUCUAUUCUCUUUUUUCCUUUAGCUUCAACUCACCAAGAAUGUUUCACAGCCUAUGACCUCAACACUUUCCAUAAUUUUGUUCAUUAUUAUAUUCUUUUCUCUUUUUUUCCUUUCUUCCAUCUACCCUCUGUUUUCUUUCUUUCAUCUGCUCUAUUUCCUCUCACUUCUUCCUUCCAAGAAAGUUACACCGCCCAUUGACUAUAAUAUCCUCCAUAAUUUUAAUACAUCUUUCGUAUGUUCAUUCCUCUCUUCUUUCUUUUGUUUCAUCCAGCCUCUCUUUCCUUUGCCUUCUACUACCAAGGAAAUUGUACACCUCAGAAUAUCAAUACUCUCAUACUGUAUUCCUCUCUUCCUACUUUCGUUUCUUCCCUCCUUUCUCUCUCUGUCUUUAACCUUCAAAGCAAAUCUAACUCCAAAUCUAGACAUCUCCCUUCCUCUCUUCAGCAACAGCAACCCACGGAUUUUCUCUCACCAAAGAAGGGCUCAAGUAGCUACUUCACAUCGAAGGAAGAGAGAACCUUUUAACUUCCUUUCAGAAUCAUGAUGUACUAAACUGCCUCAUACACCCCACCGCUCCUUCACCCCUUUUUCUCUCUUGUUCAGUGGAUGUGUCUUUCUUUCUAUAACUCUGUCUAAUAAUAAGGUUGUGAGUGGCACUUUUCUCAUUAGUCUUUCACGUUUUCCCCCUGGAGUGUGUGUGCAGCUUUUGUUAUCCUGUUUUUAUAAUUGGUAAUGAUGUUAAUUUCUGAUCCGUUUUGCAAGUUUCUUUUUUUGGAUUUUUUUAUUGACAUCUGUGAGUGUAUGUGUGUGUGUGUAUUUACCUAUUAGUAGUCUACCGGGCCCGAGCUAAGCUCUAAUACUCCUGUCUCCAUAUCUACAGUUAUCCAGCCUUUCCUUCAUUUGUUGGACACUGUUCACCUCCACCACCUCUUCCCGCUAGCUAUUCCAUGUGUUCACACUUCUAUGUGGAAAACUAUCCUUUUUUUAAGUCACUCAAACAGGUUCCUUUAUUAAGUUUCUUCCUAUAUCCUCUCAGCCCCUGCAUUCUCACAGUUAAGAAGAGAUCAUCUCUAUCCACCUCAUCAAACUUAUUUACCAACUUAUACAGCAUGAUCGGAUCUCCUCUCUCCCUUCUUUGUUCCAGCGUCGUAAAGUCAAUCUCCUUCAAUCUGUCUUCAUACGUCAUAUUGGAGAGUUCUGGGACCAUUUUUGUUGCAAUUCUCUGUAUCCUUUCCAAUUUUCUGAUAUCCUUCUUUUUGUGAGGCAACCACACAACUGCAACAUAUUCAAGCUUUGGUCUUAUCAUUGAUGUUAUUAUUUUCUUCAUAAUUUCUUUGUCUAAAAUGGAAUGAUACCCUUAUAUUUUGCAUCAUCCUGUAGGUUUCUCCAAACAGCUUGUUUAUGUGCUUUUCUAGGGAUAGUGUGUCUUGCAUUGUUACUCCUAAAUCUUUUUCUUCAUGUACCACCUUUAAGUUUUUUUCUCUCAUCCUGUAUGUUUUCCUUGGUCUUUUUUAACUUUUCCCCAUUUCCAUAACAUGGCACUUGUUUGCAUUAAAUUCCAUCUCCCAUAACUGGCUCCAUCUAUUUACUUUGUCCAGGUCUUUUUGCAGUUCCUCACAAUCUUCCUCCAUCCUCACUUUUCUUAUUAACUUUGCAUUAUCUGCAAAAAGGCUCAUAUAACUUUUUAUACCAUUUGGCAUAUCGUUUAUAUAUAUUAUGAACAUUAUUGGUGCCAGAAGUGAGCCUUGGGGAACUCCACUCUCUACUCUCCUCCAAUUUGAUUUCUCCUCUCUAAUCACUGUCCUCAUUUCUCUUCCCAUUAAAUAAUCCUUCAUCCACUCGAUAACCUUUCCGCACAUUCCUCCCCAUUGCUGUAGUUUCCAGAUUAACCUUUUGUGCAAAACCUUGUCAAAAGCCUUUUUCAAAUCGAGAUAUACACAAUCAGCCCACCCUUCUCUCUCUUGCACCACGUCUAUUGCUCUUGAGUAGAAACAAUAAGUUAGUGACACAUGAUUUCCCUUCUCUAAAUCCAAACUGUCCUUCAUUUAUCAUGUUUUCCUUUUCUAAAUCUUCGACCCAUUGUUAUUUUUAUUAUACUUUCACAAAUCUUGCACAUUACACUUGGCAAAGAGACUGGUCUAUAAUUUAGUGGUUCAGUUUUAUCUCCACUUUUAUAAAUUGGUACAAUGUUCGCUCUUUUCCAUUCUGAGGGCACCUUUCUUGUAUUUAAAGAGCAUGUUAUUAUGUCAUAAAGUGGCUCCAAUAAUUAAUUUCUGUACUCUUUUAGCACUUGUCCUGAUAUUCCAUCCGGUCCCAUAGCUUUCCUUCCAUCUAAGGUUUUCAUCAACUGUAUCAGUUCUCCUUUAUCAACCUUUUCAUGAUUCAGUUUCCUCUCAUUCCAAUUUUCGAGACCCCAGUCAAAGUUGGUUUCUUCCAUAAACACUUUAUGAACAUUUUAUUUAAUAUUUCUGCGAUUUCUUUGUCCUUUUCAUACCUUACAUUUUUUUCCUUUAGCCUUUCCACUCUUUCAUUUCUUUGUUAACUUCCCGUUUACGAAUUUAUAAAACUUUUUUUUUUUUUGUGCGUGUGUGUGAGAAUUUACUUUGUACUUACCACACUCUAAAAUUUAUAUGAAUAGGUAUAAAAAAAAGUUGAGAGAGAGAGAGAGAGAGAGAGAGAGAGAGAGAGAGAGAGAGAGAGAGAGAGAGAGAGAGAGAGAGAGAGAGAGAGAGAGAGAGAGAGAGAGAGAGAGAGAGAGAGAGAGAGAGAGAGAGAGAGAGAGAGAGAGAGAGAGAGAGAGAGAGAAUUAGGUAAUAACUAAGUGUCUGUGAACUAAUAAAUGUAUGCCCCUUGGUUACUGUUUCCAGCCCAGACAUUCUAGAGUGAUGGCCUGAAGCUCAGUGUUUGUUGUCAAGAGUUAGAUUAAAUCUUCUGCAACUAUGCAAACCACAUUGAUUAAGAUAUUUGUAAAGUGAAAUACAUCUGUGAUGAGCCUAAUCAAUCUUUACUGCACUUUUCUAUGGCAAAUGGAUUUUAAUAAUUUUCACUUGUUUAUGUAUAUUAUAUAUACUGUACUUAUAAUUUUGGCAAUCCAUUUUGGAACUGCAAGCUAGUGAAAAAUAUAAUGAUGGAAAAUGUU